AUGGAGUCGGAUGCGGAGCUGUUGCGCCAGUUCCCGCUCCUUGUGCCCCAGAACUGGGCCAAAACGGUGUAUGAGGGAUUCAUUUCGGCUCAGGGAAGAGAUUUCCACAUUAAAAUCUUGUUGCCUGAAGAUUUACAACUAAAAAAUGCAAGAUUACUAUGCAGUUGGCAGUUGAGAACAAUACUUAGUGGAUAUCAUCAAAUAAUACAACAGAGAAUGCAACACUCUCCUGAUCUACUGAGCUUUAUGAUGGAGUUGAAGAUGGUCCUGGAAGUUGCUUUAAAGAACAAGCAAGAGUUCUCUAUCCUACCUACUCCACAGUUCUACUCAAGUGUUACCCAAGAAAUAGAAGUUCUGGGUUGGGAUAAACUUGUUUAUGUGGAUUCUUCCUUCAGUACCAUCAAGUUAAAAGCUGUAGAUGAUUCUGGUAGACAGCAUCUAAUCACUCUCAAAUUGAAGCCGAAGUACCCUGCAGAAUCGCCAGAUUGUUUUGUUGAUUUUCCUGUCCCUUUUUCUCUUUCUUGGACACCACAGGUCACUGACCAACCCAAACUGCAUACAAAAAUUGCAAUUUUACCAAGUUCCUUAAUAAGUAUUCACAAUCAGUUUUCAUCAGCAUUAGAAUCACUGAAGGCAUUCUGGGAUGUUAUGGAUGAAAUUGAUGAGAAGACUUGGGUACUUGAGCCAGAAAAACCAACACGGAGUGCAAAAGCACGGAGGAUUGUCUUAGGGCAUAAUGCUUCAUUAAACAUUGAGGUAGACCCUAGGCAUCCUACUAUGCUUCCUGAAUGCUGCUUUCUUGGCGCUGAUCAUGUGACAAAACCUUUGGGAAUCAAGUUGAGCAGAAACAUACACUUAUGGGAUACAGAAAAUACUGUGUUACAAAAUUUGAAAGAUGUUUUAGAAAUCGAUUUUCCAGCUCGUACUGUCUUGGAAAAAUCGGAUUUUUCUAUGGAUUGUGGAAUUUGUUAUGCCUAUCAACUUGAUGGUGCCAUUCCUGAUCAAGUAUGUGAUAAUUCACAGUGUGGACAACCUUUCCAUCAAAUAUGCUUAUAUGAGUGGUUGAGAGGACUGCCAACUGUCAGACAGAGUUUUAACAUCAUAUUUGGUGAAUGUCCCUAUUGUAGUAAGCCAAUUACCUUGAAAAUAUCUGGGAGGAAACCCUAAAAGAAAAAGAAUAUGGUAUCUCUGUAAAGAACUGGAAAUUUGGAAAAUUAUCUUCAGAGAAAAUGUAAAGCAAGAUAUACUAACAGCAAAAGACAGAGGAAGA